AUGGGGAGAAUUUUGUGGCUGGCUCUGUUUUUUGCUAUGGUGAUAGUUGGAUUGAUCAGAGCCGAAGAAGGAGGAGGCGCCACCACCACCACCUCGUCGCUGAAAGGUUCUGAUCUUUCGCAAAGGAAAGACGAACAUAAUGGAGGUAAAAGUGACAAGACCUACAAUGAUGUAGUGGUGAAAGACAAGAAGAAGAACAAUGGAGGAGGAGGAGUUGGAUGGGGUUGGGGAGGUGGCGGAGGUGGUGGGAACCGUAAUGGAGGCUGGGGAUGGGGAAAUGGAGGAGGUGGCGGUGUUUUUUGGAGGUGGGGCUGCAACGGUGGGAAGCAUCAUCGUUCCGGCAAGAGUAGAGUGUUCCCGAAGGGGGAGUAUGCAAUGGGAGAGUUUGCACAAUGCAUGGUGAAGGGAAGGUGUAGGGGAAUGAGGUUGGAUUGUCCAUUGCAUUGUGGAGGGCCUUGUGUUUAUGAUUGUCGGAAUAUGUGCAAGGCUCAUUGCCAAAAAUAG